GCUCGUUAUCACUCGAUAAUGUCCAUAUUUUUAUACGGUGUCAUUUAUUUGGAAAACGUGUAAACCACGAUAGCUUUGCAUCCCACCGGCGUGACCUGUGUUGUCCUCCAAAUAAAACCACUCCGGUGUGGUCAUUAUAGGACUUUGCUGAAAAUAUGGUCCUCGAGGAGAAAACGUUCAUUAACGGAGAACCAGACGAUGAGGAGGAGGAGGAAGAAGAAGAGGAUGAAGAUUUAGUGGAUCCCCUGGAAACGAUGCGAGAGAAGUGUGCGGAGUUGGAGCACUGCGUACAUACUCAUGCUCGUCUGGAACAGUGCGAGAGCAGAGUAAGCGCUCGUUCCUCCACGACUGAAGACUGCACUGAGGAGCUUUUUGACUUCCUCCAUGCUCGGGACCACUGUGUGGCCCACAAACUCUUCCAUUCUGUUAAAUGAAGCCUCUCUUCCAAUUGGAUGCGCCAUUGGCCCCUGCAUGAGGACAAUAUGGUUCUAAAUACAUUUGAAAUAAAUACUAGUACUAUAUGUGAAUCUACUGUAUGUUGUUUAUUCUGUAUGAUCAUGUAAUGGGACAGGAGAGCAAGUAUAAUAUAUUAAAGUGGAAAGCUGGAGACAUUA